UCCUGCAGUCCACAAGCUCCGGGCGAGUCAUCGACAUGGCUGCGUUCCUGCGAGCCCGCAAAUAUGUUCGUUGUGUUGUGCGUUUCUCUGACCGUGAACUGUAAAAUCUAGCUUGCGGAGAAACAAAGAAGUCACCUCAGGCAAGCCAUAAUGGCUGAAGAAAAUGCAGACAUUGGUGGUACAGUUGAGGAUGAAGAUGAAAGUUCAGAUGACCCAAACCUUCAACUGGAGCUCAACGUGUUCAGAGCUCAGUGGAUGUCUGAACUCAAGCCGAACUCCGGAGCGAGCGGGCUGAGUAAUGGACCGCCGCGAGCUGCAGAUGUCAAAAGGACACAAGAACUGGUCCGGGAGCAGAAAGCCACAGAGCUGUUCUUGAAAGCUGUAGAUGAAGAGCAGAAUGGAGCCGUCUAUGAAGCAAUCAAGUACUAUCGAAGGGCAAUGCAGCUUGUGCCUGACAUCGAGUUCAAAAUCAACUACAACCGUCCUGCUGACACCGAUCGAGUUGGGGGAAACUACAUGGAGGAGAAUGACGUUGAUGGUGAGAUAGAGGAUCUACUUGCCUACUUCCAGCAGCAGCUCACUCUGGAAGGCUCCCCUCCAAAGAUCUGCACUCCCGUGCUGGAGACGAAUCAGAUGCACAUUUCAGCCUUGCCGCCAGAAGUCCUGAUGUACAUAUUUCGUUGGGUUGUGUCAACUGACCUGGACAUGCGCGCCCUCGAGCAGCUCUCGCUAGUUAGCCGUGGGUUUUACAUUUGUGCAAGGGACCCAGAGAUCUGGCGUUCAGCCUGUUUGAGAGUGUGGGGACGAAACUGCACCAAACUUGUACCCUUCACCUCUUGGAGGCAGAUGUUUCUGGAGAGGCCUCGUGUCCGCUUUGAUGGUGUCUAUAUCAGCAAGACAUCAUACAUCCGCCAAGGAGAGGAAUCGCUGGAUGGAUUUUACAGGGCAUGGCACCAGGUUGAAUAUUACAGGUACCUCCGUUUCUUCCCCGAUGGCCAAGUCAUGAUGCUGACCACACCUGAGGAACCACUGACCAUCGUUCCUCGCCUGCGCAGUAGGAACACCAGAAUGGACUCUGUUCUGCUUGGUCACUACCGUCUGUCACAGGAGACAGACAAUCAAACCAAAGUUUUUGUUGUUGUCUGCAAGAGAAAGGAAGAGAAGGCGGCAGAGAUCCCAAGGAACCGGUUCUGCAGGCGGAACCCAGCGCCCGAGGCUGAGCACAGCUUUCACGUGGGACUGCAGUUGUCCUCUGGGGGGCGCCAGAGAUUCAGCAAGCUGGCUUGGAUCCACCACUCCUGCCACAUCACUUACAGACCAACUGGGGAAACUGUCGUCUCAGCGUUUGACCUGGACAAGAUGUACACACCUUUUUUCUUUGCACGUGUGAAGAGUUACACUGCUUUCUCUGAGCGGCCCCUCUAGGCCGUCCAGAGGCAUGAUGCACCUGAUACUACUGAAGUCCGGAGACCACAGCAGAAGUUUUACCAAACAUGCUGACAAAAACGCAUACUCUUCCGCCUCUUAGAUUUGUGCUGCAGCUGAAUUCUGAUGUAAACGAAUGAGUCUUAGUGUUUCCUACAUUUUUUUUGUGGCGAUGAUCACACAAGCAUGUUACGUUUCAGGUUUACAAUUUACAAAAUCCAAUUUAUUUUUCUGAUUUCACAAAGUAUAUAAUAGCGUGCAAAGAGUCAACACUAUUAGGGGUUGUUUUCACCUGCUCCCAGCAAUGAAUGUUCAGAACUAUUUUUGUUUCUCGGUGCGCUUUCUCCCUCAAAUAAAUGGUGGUGGACAGAA